CGCCCUGAUGAUGCACGAGCAGGCUGCUAAGAGGCGAGGCGGAUGAAUCCCGACAGAUGGCUCCCGGUCCCGUUAACGCACCGCCGAUGCCGUCCCGGUGCGCGUGGAUUCCCCGCAUUGACUCGUGAUGAGUUCAGCAGCAGAGGAGGCGCGCGGAAUGAAAAGAGGGGGGAAAUAAGGGGGCCCGCGCGCGCCACACAGGUUUCAGCCGGUGACGUAGCUGCCUGUAAACUCACCAAGCGACAUUACUGUAUUUAAAUUUCUGGAUCAGAGAACUCGCGAGGUGUAGGCCUACUUCCUACCGGCAUUUUAUCUGUAUGUUUCUAAAAUAUCCCUUGUAUAUAUACAGCGUACGCGAAUAUCUGACAAUGAUCGUCCCAGACCACUGAUUUAAUCCUAUUUAACCACCAAUCUGAUCAUAUGUUCAUAGAAGAAUAUCUGGACGAUGAGGAACCACCUUUGCUGCUCAGCUCUUGUCCUUCUCACAGUGUUUGGCACUGAAGGGACUGUAGCCGUGCAGUGUCGGUGGGGGGAGGGGUGUGUGUGUCUGGAGUGCCCCAGUGGCCAAGAGCCAAUCAAGUGGUUCAUCUACUCUGUUCUGAGAUGUGAAGAUGUGUUCUCCUGCCAGGCUUGCGGGCAGGUCGAGAGGCCAGGCGAGGCGAUACAAUGCCAAUCUUGUCCAGCUGGUACUUUUUCGGACGGCUAUGACUCUGAUCAAUGCCGCCCACAUUCCUCCUGCGGGGUCCUCAAGAAAAAGGUUGUGACCGCUGGUACAUCACACUCUGAUGCAGUCUGCGGAGACUGUCUGUCUGGGUUCCACCCCACUGCUAUGAGGACAGCCUCCACCCUGGCCUGUGUGACAGCCCCCCCUGCCCAAUCUACCCACGUGCGUGUGGUGCGUACGGUGGGUAAGGGUGCGACGGGCAGUGGCGGCCUGCCAGUGAACGGUACGGCAGUGCGAAGCUCGGAGGAGAAGAGUACAGAGUAUGCAGUGUUCGCCCUGGUGCCAAUCUUCUGUGUGAUGGGGCUCCUGGGGAUCCUCAUCUGUAACAUCCUCAAGAAGAAAGGAUACAACUGCACUGCUGAGAAGGAGGGAGGAGACGAGGAGAAUGCCACACCACAGAAAGAGGGUUACGCUUGUCCCUACAUCGUAGACGAUCCCAAUGAAGACACCAUCAGUGUUCUAGUGCGCCUCAUCACAGAGAAGAAAGAGAAUGCUGCUGCUCUGGAGGAGCUGCUACUGGAGUACGAGAGUAAACAGAUGGCCAUCAGCAAAGCCUCCUCAAUCAAGUUCCCGGUGCUGUCUCCUCUGACUCAGUUCCUCUCCUUACCCAGACUAUGUCCUCACCAGUCUCACCUCCACACCAUAUCUGGUCUGUCUGGUCUGUCUGGCCCCCGACACGGCUACUGCUGCUCUCGCUGUGCCCAGAAGAAAUGGCCCCCCAUCCUCCUGCCCCCCUUCGGCCCCCUCAAACCCCCACAAUUCCUGCUGACCCCCCUCAAACCCCCUCAGUCUCUCCUGUUACCCCCUCGGGACCUCCAGGCCCUCCAAAAGACUCCUCUCCUGCCCCCUGUGGACACACAUCACUCCACCACUAAGAUCUCCCAGACCCCCAGGGCUGGGUCAGGGUUACUCCCUGAGGGGAAGUGGAGGAUGCCUGGGGAGGUGACCCGGUCUGUUGGGAGGUUUCAGGUGGCUCAGAUUCAGGAGCAGAGGCCUGGUUCCAUGGAGAUGACAUUCUGCCCAGAGUCGAGUGACUCAGACUCAGUGGAGGAUUCAUCUCUGCUGGGGGCGAACAAGUCAUCCUCGUCAUCAUCCUCAUCAGCUGCCAGGGGUACACAGGAGGUUAACAGCUAAACAUUCGCAGAGAGGAAUGCUGGGUAAAAAUAACUCUACCUCGCUGAUCGAUGGAUGUGAUGGGAUUCCAAAAUGGCGACCAGAGAAGUUGAUUAUCCUCCUCGUUACGAUUUGGGAAGUUAGCCUGGGUGCUUGUUGGGAAGUUAGCCUGAGUGCCAGACAAAGGGAAACCCUUCUAUUUAUAACACAAACAAGUUGUAUUUUAUCCUAUUGUUUUUAGAGGCAGGGAGACGAGAGGAGGAACAAACUAUGAAUUAACCCAACCGUGUGGUUGUGCUUCCAUAAGACUCUGGACAGGUUGGAGGACCUUAACACCGUCUGCACGCGACACUGUGCAAUACACACACACACACACACACACACACACACACACACACACACACACACACACACACACACACACACACGGAGGUAGGCCUACAUAGACACAUAGCACACAUACAAAAGAUAACAAGUAUUAUUAUUAUUAUAGGAAACCACUCCAAUUUGUAGUGCAGAAAACUUUUAAUCAUUUUUCUAACACUUUCAGCUGUUUUGACUUGUUAUAUUUGAAACGCUGAUUAGCGUAAGUUUUAGGCCUUCUUGAUAAUGUUGAAUGUAGUCUCCAACAUUGACAGAGAGACAUGAUAAUAUACAAACAGCAUGAACUACAUGUUGGACUAUUUAGGUCUUAUAGAUGGAAUUUAACUUCAUUUAGUUUCUGAUUCAAGUUGAACAUUUGGUAACAGCGGUGUAAAUGACUGUAUAUACUGUAUGUACAUAGAGAUGUGAAUAUUGAAACUCUUAGAUUUUUACAGAGGAGGGUCAGACAGCGACAGGGACAGAGUCAGGGACAGAGUCAGGGAGAAGAUCAGGGACAGGACAGAGUCAGGGUCAGGGACAGAGUCAGGGACAGAGUCAGGGAGAAGAUCAGGGACAGGACAGAGUCAGGGACAGAGUCAGGGACAGGGUCGGGGACAGAGUCAGGGAGAAGAUCAGAGUCAGGGACAGAGUCAGGGACAGAGUCAGGGACAGAGUCAGGGACAGGGUCAGGGACAGGGUCAGGGACAGAGUCAGGGACAGAGUCAGGGAGAAGAUCAGGGACAGGACAGAGUCAGGAACAGAGUCAGGAACAGAGUCAGGAACAGAGUCAGAGUCAGGAACAGAGUCAGGAACAGAGUCAGGAUCAGAGUCAGGAUCAGAGUCAGGAUCAGAGUCAGGAUCAGAGUCAGAGUCAGGAACAGAGUCAGGGACAGAGUCAGGGACAGAGUCAGGGACAGAGUCAGGGAGAAGAUCAGGGACAGGACAGAGUCAGGGACAGGGUCAGGGACAGGGUCGGGGACAGAGUCAGGGAGAAGAUCAGGGACAGGACAGAGUCAGGGACAGAGUCAGGGACAGAGUCAGGGACAGAGUCAGGGACAGAGUCAGGGACAGAGUCAGGGACAGGGUCAGGGACAGAGUCAGGGACAGAGUCAGGGAGAAGAUCAGGGACAGGACAGAGUCAGGAACAGAGUCAGGAACAGAGUCAGGAACAGAGUCAGGAACAGAGUCAGGAACAGAGUCAGGAUCAGAGUCAGGAUCAGAGUCAGGAUCAGAGUCAGGGUCAGAGUCAGGGUCAGAGUCAGGGUCAGAGACAGGGUCAGAGACAGGGUCAGAGACAGGGUCAGAGACAGGGUCAGAGACAGGGACAGAGACAGGGACAGAGUCAGGGACAGGGUCAGGGACAAGUUCAGGGACAGAGUCAGGGACAGAGUCAGGGACAGAGUCAGUCAGGGACAGGGUCAGGGACAGAGUCAGUCAGGGACAGAGUCAGUCAGGGACAGGGUGUGGGUUUGCCAGUAGUUUGCGGUGCUUAUUUUGACACACUUAAAUAUGUCCCAGGCAUUUUGGGGGAGAUGUGCUUUGUCCUGUAACUUCCUCUCUCCUGGCGUGUCACAGAGCUACACUGACCAUUGAUCAGUGCCAUCCUGCUCCAUGUGGCACUUAGCUCAAACCAUGACCUCACUUCCUGCCUUGUGACAAUUGCCUUUCAACAAACAUAGAAUAAGUUAGUAGGAUAAUCAACUAGUCUCUUUUGCCCCCAAAGAUAAGCACUACAGAUGCAUUAUUCAUUCCAUUUUCAUUCAACUGUUAUUACGUAUUGCUAUGCACACACACGCACACACACAAACACACACAAACAAACACAUAAACACAAACUUUCCUACUCUUCCAAGGAGAGCAUGCAGACAGUCACUAUCAUCUCUGGGUAAUCUGAGUAAAAACUGUAUUCUAAAGGAAACUACAUUAUCAUAGGAAUAUUUUGACUUUAACCAUCUCAAUGUCAUUCCCUCAGCUGCAUUUCACGUGUUUUUACUUCAGUGUUUUUGUUUGUUAUUUAAAUAGAUUUCCGAGUAGUGGCCGGCGUAGCUGCUUCACAGUGGAAACACAGUUUGGGUUUUGCAGUUUACAUUUGAUAAAAGGUGGAUGAUGAUCAGGAUCCAGUUGAACAAUUUUUUAAUAUUCUGUAUGUUGCUGUUUUUGUAGUUUAGAACCAUUGUCUGGAUUUGAUCAUUUUUAUUGGUUGAACAUUUCCAUAUUUUUAUGUGAUUUAUUAUAACAUGUUAUAAACUGAAGUGUUGCAUAAAGGAAAACAACUCAUCUUCUCUACAUUGUAGAUUUGUAUUUAUUAUGAUAUUACAUUUUUCUCUAUGAUAUUUCUACUCUUGAAAUAAAUGAGCGGUUUAUUGUGA